CGAGGGGUAGAGGUUGCCGAGCAUAGCUUUGAUCUCUGACGAAGAAGACUUUCUCCAGUGCAUCGGGAAGCGUUCUUUUUUAGGGAUGAGAAGUGCGUGAUAAUCUCGUGGAAAUCCGCAUGAAACUCUAAAGGACACAGCAACCCAAGCUGGUGUGUCAAAAUAUGUAACCAAAACUAGUGAACGUAGUGUGAAAAGUGUGUAAAACUUUCCUAGUUGGUUAUGUUCUGAUGUGCAAUAUUUAGGGAAAUAAAAUUUCGAAAAGUGCAAACAACCUGGAACUAGUGUCACGUAGAAAAGUAUCUACAGUAAAAAAGCGUAAAGAUAGACACAGAGAAAACAGGAAAAGCUGCUGAUGUAGGAAUGAUAGAGAAACAUAAGUAAACCCAAAUUUAGACUGUCUCCUGCAAUUAGCAUACGCUCAUAGAACGGUGGAACAGGCGCAACACAGCGUAUACAAAGUGUUUUCCAACCCCCCACUCCGAAAUAAACAAAGUGCGUACACUUAAUAGAAACAAGCACCUUUCCUACAAAAACCACCUCUAACAUGCGCAGCAGAACCGAAAUGGUAACAACCACCCUGGACGGUUCCGACUUCGAUGAGGAUUCCGACUUUGAAGACUCCGAAGAGGACUGGAAACCGGAAAAGGGUGAUCCGAAGAGUUUGAAGCGGAAGACGCGUGAUAUUAUCACCGGCACAGUAAGUGGUGGCAGACGGGGCAGUGGAGGCCGUAGUAGUAAUGGCAAGAAGCGCGGUAGAAAACCCGCCGCAAAGGGACGCGCCGGAAGAAAAAGAAAAUCAGGAAAUCACUCCGACGAUGACGACGAUGACGAUGAAGAUGACGAUGAGGAUGACGGAGAUGAUGAUCAGUCGGACAGUGAAGAGGGCGAACGAUCGACACCGCGAGCCCGCAAACGAGGCCGACCAUCAGGUGCGAAAGGAGCAAAACGAUCCAAUGGACGAAAAAGUCUUGCCAAAACAUCCCCGUCCACUUCGAAAGCUGCAGCUAGUACCGGAGAGCUGGCAUUGAAACCGAUCCCGCGAAAGGUCGUAAAUUUGGCCAGCAGCUUCCCGGACAAAAGUGGCUUCCUUAAGUUGUUCGCGUACCGUGGCGAUCUGGAGGAAGGCAUCCGAGACAAUCUGAAGGUGUGCCUGUGGAGACGGGACGGUUCCAGUCUGCUGCAGAAGUACUUCCGGGACAAAUCUGCCGACGCCACUUCGCCACAGUUCAUUUCCUCGAUGGUGGUAGGCAAUUUUCAAUUUCACGCAUGGUUGUAAUGGCUUGUAUAUAAAACACAAUUGAUGUAUUAUACGAAUUUAAAUCCAUUCAAGUAAAUCCAUUUAUUAGGUAAAGUUUUAAAAAAAUAAAAUAAAAUGAGUGAAUAA